CCUCCUCUUCCUCCUCUUCCUCCUCUUCCUCCACGCCACCACCAGGUGCUCAGACCGCCCAGAGAGGAGCCUCGACCCGGCGUGAAGAAGCCUCUGCAGCCGGCCAGCUUCACCUACACCGGACUGAGCAGGACCUCCAGAGACGAGUCCCACACCGCCGCCAGCUCCUUCUCCCAGACCGCCGCCUCCAAAUCCGGAUCCCUCAGCUGCGUGUGGACCAGCCGCUCCAUGUCCCCGUCCUCCUCCUACAGCAGAACCAGUCCGUCCCCGCAGAGCAAGAACUCUCUGUCCGAGCUGAAGACGGGCGGCGGCAGAGGAGACGUCUUCAAGGCGUCUCCUCUGAAACAAGGCGGAGGUUCGGGGUCGGCGGGUCUCCACGGCGGCUUCGGCGGAGGGCAGGCGGUCCAGCGUUCGCCGCUGGGCCAGAGGAGGCAGGAGGGCGCCGGAGGUCCGACCGGGUCGCUUCAGCACAAGCAGCAGAACUCCUCGCCGACGCCUCGAGACCGAGCCAACCAGGCGCUCAGCCUCCGAGCCCUCAACCUGCAGAGCGUCAGCAGGCCGGCGGUGGGCGGCGGCCAUCAGAGCAACAACGCCGGCGCUGCGGCGUCCAGGUCGAGCUUACGGAGCGGCGCCGCGGUGAAAGACACUCGAACGACGGCUGGCGGGCCGCGCUCUGCUCUGGCCACAGGCGGCGGUGCAGAGCAGGUGAGGUUGGCGGACAAAAAGCUGGCAGGAAGCGGCUCCGGCCGGGGGAACGGCGGCGGGAGGCACGAGGAGAGGAAACAGAACCGGAGUCUGAACGAGCUCAGCACCGGAGACUCCGACGAGACCAGCAGCAGCGAGUCGGAGCACGACGCCUUCCCGUACCCCAACGACAGCCGGCCCAGCCUCGCCAACGACGCCACCGAGUCCGACACGGAAACAGACUGGCGGCCGGCCCGGAGCCUCCUGGAGCACGUGUUCGUCACCGACGUCACGGCCAACUUCAUCACGGUGACGGUGAAGGAGUCGCCGACCAGCGUGGGAUUCUUCAACUCGCGGAAUCACUGAAGGACGCUUCAUACGACGGCUCAGGGUUCCCUCGCCGCUCGUCCACGCUCAACGCCGGGAAACCGUUUCUGUGGUUUCAGUCGGAGACACUGAAACUAAACUCCUGAAGUCUGAACCCCGUUUACAGCCGAUAUAUCGGAGCGCAGUCUGUGUCCGCAGGAGGGAACGGUUCCCAUCGGUUCCCAUCGGUUCCCUCAAAUUGUUCCCUUUUCUCUUUGUCACCUAAACCUGCAGAUCUGCUGCGUCCAGCUUCCCCUCAACGUUAACAUAAUCAAUAAUCAACGGAUCAAACGUCUAAUCAGCUGUUUAAUUUGGAGCUUUAGGACUAAGACUGAAAACUCAGUAGUUUUAAGGCUCCGUUCCAUUUAGUGUGUCCGAUCAAUAAUCGGUUCCCUCCAGGCUGCAACGACACCAGACGCUCACUGACCAUUGAUUCUCACAUUUAAUGAAUUAUACAAAACAAAUCAACUAUUUUUAUCAUUUUCACUUUCUGUCUUUAUACAAAGAAACAUGAAACAGUUUCAGUAGGUGUCACCUGUGUUUACCGAUUAUACCUAAAAAUAGCUGCUGUGAAAAAGGACCACAGACAGAAUAGUUUGAGUUCGGCUGGACGUCGUUUGUUCUCUCUCUUAAACUUAAUUCCACUUUGUAGGUUGUUUGUUUUUGCUCGCCGCCUCUCUCCGUUCACAGACUGCGCUCCGUUAGCGGUGUAAGUCGAGCUCUGAACCAGAUGCAGACCACCACCUCUCCAGUGCCUCGGGUUCUUCCAGAGACGGUCGCCGCCUCCGCUCAGCUGCUCGUGGUGAUUCGUUUGAGUCGUCGUGUUUCCAAACUGAACGUGUUGCUUUCUCCAGAGCAGCAUGUUUCAAAAAACAACAAAAGAAGUGAAUCCGUCUGUCGGUGAAUUUGAUCCACACGAUCCCCUCGGGGGCUUUGUACUCGUCUUUCAGUUCUCUUUGGACCAAAGUGUUAAUGAAUGUGAAUGAUCUGGUUUUAUUUUAUUGACAGUAUUCUUGCACUACGCACAUUGUAAGCUUCUCAUCUCAGAACAGACUUUCCAUCACCUAUAUUUACCAGUUUUAUACCAUUUUAAUACGUUUUGCCGUCUCAGUGUCUUUUGGAGUUGAAAUAUGUGUUAAUUUAUAUUUGUAAAUAUGUUUUUCCAUGUGAUAUCUAAUAUGUAUCUGGUGCUCAUACUGGCUGACCAGCUUCAGACACUGUAGCCUGUGUGCCUCUCUGCCAUUAUGAAGGGAUUUGAAAUAAACCAGAAGUACGAACCUG